GAGAUCAUGGCCCGAGCCGAAGUCGGACGCUCAACCGACUGAGCCACCCGGGCACCCCGCCUUGGUCCUCAUUUUACGUACGAGUUCAAUACAGAGUAGUCAACGAGCGUAAAGUACUCGUACCCAUGACUGGCUCGUGGCAAACCUGUGUUUGUCAAGGUUGUUUUUAUCACCCCAUCUUUCAUCAACUCUAAGAUGUCAUCAAUUGUAAAAGAUGCCACCGAGGGAAAAAAGAACGCUGCCAGUUUACUACGUCCCGAGUCUCUUUCAUCACGAGAGCCUUUAUUUCAUGCUUCCCGAAGGAGCUCUUUUUGACUUAGACAUAGGCUCUCAUCAUAAGUCUGAGGCACACACGUAAAAGGGAAGAUAGAGGCAAAAUAAAUUGUUUAUGGGGUUCGGAAAACUCCUUCACAUUUAGAGUCCGAUCGAUAGAGGCGUGAUGCCUGUAUGUUUCGCUGCCACCUCCUCCAGGGAGCCUUCGAGAGUGCCGGCGAGAGCGCGGCAGCCCCCUCCACGAUCCAUACGACAACCAGAAAACCAACAGCCGUAGGAGGCGGCUCUUAGCCCAGCUCUGCAAUGACUUCUGCUUUGGGAGUGGUGUGAUGCUUCUGAAGUGUGGGCACAUGCAGGCAGUGACAGCUACGUGAGGACUGCAGCCAGCCAGAAAGCCACUCUACAAGGUGUAGCUGCCACAGCGGGACCAACACCGUGACCCUGUCAUGGAUGGGGGCAAGGGGCCCAGACUCAGAGACUUCCUGAGUGGGAGCCUGGCCACCUGGGCGCUGGGACUGGCCGGCCUAGUGGGAGAGGCGGAGGAGCCGGAGGAGGAAGAGGAGGAGGAAGGAGAGGGGCCCCUUGGCCCGGAGAAGAGGUUCCUGCAUCUCAUCGAUGGGGCCCUGCUGCUCCGCGUGCUGGGCCUCGUAGUUCCCAGUUCCCGAGGAGGACCUCAGACGGUCAGGGGCCCUGAUGGUCCCGCAGCCUGGCGAGUGCGGAACCUGAACCACCUGUGGGGCCGCCUGAGGGACUUCUACCAGGAGGAGCUGCAGCUGCUGGUCCUGUCGCCACCCCCAGACCUCCAGACGUUGGCUUUUGACCCCUUCUCAGAGGAGGCAGUGGAGGAGUUGGAAGGCAUCCUUCGGCUGUUGCUGGGGGCGUCAGUGCAGUGCGAGCACCGGGAACUCUUCAUCCGACACAUCCAGGGCCUCAGCCUCGAGGUCCAGAGUGACUUGGCUGCCGCUAUCCAGGAGGUGACCCAGCCUGGGGCAGGCGUGGUGCUGGCACUGGCUGGGCGAGAGCCUGGGGAGCUGGAGCCUCAGGAGCUGGAGAUGCUGUUCCAGAGCCUGAUGGGGACCUUGUUAAGGCUGGCGCGGGAGCGCGACGUGGGGGCCCAGCGCCUGGCCGACAUGUUGCUGGAGAGACAGCCGGCCCCCUUGCUGCCGGAGGCUCCUGCUAGGACUCCUCCAGAGGGUCCCUCACACCACCUGGCCCUGCAGCUGGCCAACACCAAGGCCCAGCUGCGGCGCCUGCGGCAGGAGCUGGAGGAGAAGGCCGAGCUGCUGCUAGACUCCCAGGCGGAGGUGCAGGGCUUGGAGGCCGAAAUCCGAAGGCUCCGCCAGGAGGCCCAGGCGCUGUCGGGACAGGCCAAGCGGGCCGAGCUGUACCGCGAGGAGGUAGAGGCGCUGCGGGAGCGCGCCGGCCGCCUGCCCCGCCUGCAGGAGGAGCUGCGACGCUGCCGCGAGCGGCUGCAGGCGGCCGAGGCCUGCAAAAGCCAGCUGGAGGAGGAACGGGUGCUCUCGGGGGCUCUGGAAGCCUCGAAGGCGCUACUGGAGGAGCAGCUGGAGGCCGCUCAAGAGCGUUGCGCUCGGCUGCAUGAGACCCAGCGUGAGAACCUGUUGCUGCGGACUCGUUUGGGCGAGGCCCGCGCGGAGCUGGACUCUGUGCGGCAUCAGGUGGACCAGCUGGCCGAGGAGAAUGUGGAGCUGGAGCUGGAGCUUCAGCGGAGCCUGGAGCCACCCCUGGGCUCUCCUGGGGAGGCACCCCCGCCCGGAGCAGCUCCUUCGCUUCAUGAUGAAGUGAGAGAGGCAGAGGCCCGGCGGCUGCGGACCCUGGAGAGGGAGAACCAGGAGCUUCGGGGCUUGCUACAGGUGCUACAGGGGCAGCCUGGAGGCCAGCACCCCCUGCUGGAGGAGCAGAGCGAGGACUCCUUGGUUCCAGAGCUGGAUGUGGCUCCCCAGACUUGCCUGACCUCAGACCGUGGCCCCCAGGGUUUGGCUGGCCAGGUGGGGGAUGGAGGCACCCAGGCCUUGGACCUGGCUUCCCCCGUGUCAGACUCGGCCCUUGCGAGAUUACCCGUGCGUCCCCAGGCAUCUGACUCAGGCCCACAGGUGAUAGAGAGGCCCCUCCAGACGGCUGCCAUGACCCCUCAGACCUCAGACUUGACCCUCCAGGAAUCAGGUUCUGUUGUAGCAGCACAGGAGUCCCUGGAGAAGGCUGGCCAUGGAACCCUUCUCCAGACUCCCACCUCCGCGGUCCCAUCUCAAGAUCCAGAGACUGAAAUUCAGGCUGAGCUGUCGGGAGGAGACACUGGAGAGUCAGGGCCCGAAGCCCAGGUGCGGAGACAGGAGGGCCCUGAGAGCAAGCCUGCAGCCUCGGAGCUUAGCCUCUGUGCUCAAAUGGAGGAGCAGGAGACCCCAGGCCAAGGGCUGGACCUACUCAAGGGGCAGACAGAGGGCAGGGAACAUGCACAGAAGCUGGAGGGGUUGGUUGGGGACCCAGCCCAGCAAAAUCCACAGCAGAAGUCGGAACGGGCUUCGGAGGCCCAGACCUGGGAGGGGCCGAUCCCAGGGGAGAUCCUGGCUGGUGGUGUCCCGGAGCAGGAGGCCCUGAGGGAGGAGGUGGCCCAGCUGAAGAGGGAGGCCGAGGCACUGGGAGCGGAGCUAGAGGCCCAGGCCCGGCGGCUGGAGGCCCGAGGCACGGAGGCCGCCCGGCUCUCCGAGGAGCUGGCUCAGGCGCGGAAGGCAGAGGCCGAGGCCCAGCGGGAAGUGGAGGCCCGGGCCGGGGAGCAGGCUCGGCUGCGGGAGGCAGUGGAGGCAGCCGGCCGGGAGCUGGAGGCUGCGGCGCGUGAACGGGAGGCGCUGGCAGAGGCCCUGGCGACAGCGGGCCGAGAGCGGAGGCAGUGGGAGCGCGAGGGGCCCAGACUGAGGGCCCGGGCCGAGGCCGCCGAGGAGCGGCUGCAAGUGCUGGAGAGCGAGGGCCGUCAGCGCCUGCAGGAGGCCGAGAGGGAGAGGCAGGCCCUCAAGGAGGAGCUAGAGAAGGCCUGGUUGAGGGGCCAGGAGCUGGGGGCCCGGCUGGAACACCUGCAGAGUGAGCUCGAACAGGCGGGUCUGGAGCGACAGGCGUUUCUGCGGGAACAGGAGAUCCAGCAACAGAGGUACCAGGGCCUGGAGCAGCGGCUGGAGGCUGAGCUGCAGGCGGCGGCCACGAGCAAGGAGGAGGCGCUGAGGGAACUCAAGAUGAGGGCCCUGCAGCUGGAACAGGAGCUGGUCCAGCUGCGCCAGGGCUCCGUGGGACGGGGGCCGGAGGGGCACGAUGAGCUGAGGAUCCCGGGGGCCCAGAGUGGGCGGCUCAUCGAGAUGGAACGCAGCAAUGCAACGCUGGUGGCCGAGAAGGUGGCUUUGCAGGGGCAGCUCCAGCACCUGGAGGGGCAGCUGGGCAACCUGCAGGGCCGGGCCCAGGAGCUCCUCCUGCAGAGUCAGCGGGCCCAGGAGCACAGCAGCCGCCUGCAGGCUGAAAAGUCUAUACUGGAGAGGCAGGGCCAGGAGCUGCAUAGGAAGCUGGGGGUGCUGGAGGAGGAGGUGCGGGCGGCGCGGCAGUCCCACGAGGAGACCCGGGGGCAGCAGCAGGCUUUGCUUCGGGACCACGAGGCCCUGGCUCAGCUGCAGCGGCGACAGGAGGCCGAGCUAGAGGGACUGCUGGCCCGGCACCGCGACCUCAAGGCUAACAUGCGGGCGCUGGAGCUGGCCCACCGGGAGCUGCAGGGCCGGCACGAGCAGCUGCAGGCCCAGAGGGCCAACGUGGAGGCGCAGGAGGUGGCCCUGCUGGCAGAGCGAGAACGCCUGAUGCAGGACGGGCAUCGGCAGCGGGGCCUGGAGGAGGAGCUGCGGAGGCUGCAGAGUGAGCACGACAGGGCUCAGAUGCUGCUGGCGGAGGUGUCCCGGGAGCGAGGCGAGCUGCAGGGUGAACGCGGGGAGCUGCGGAGCCGGCUGGCGCGGCUGGAACUGGAGCGAGCACAGCUGGAGGUGCAGAGUCAGCGACUGCGGGAGUCCAACCAGCAGCUGGACCUGAGCGCCUGCCGGCUGACCACGCAGUGCGAGCUGUUGACCGAGCUUCGGAGCGCCCAGGAGGAGGAGAACCGGCAGCUGCUGGCCGAGGUGCAGGCGCUGAGCCGGGAGAACCGGGAGCUCCUGGAGCGCAGCCUGGAGAGCCGGGACCACCUACACCGAGAGCAGCGGGAGUACCUGGACCAGCUCAACGCCUUGCGCCGUGAGAAACAGAAGCUGGUGGAGAAGAUCAUGGACCAGUACCGGGUGCUGGAGCCUGGGCCCCUGCCCCGGAUCAAGAAGGGCAGCUGGUUGGCAGACAAGGUGAAGAGGCUGAUGCGGCCCCGGCGGGAGGGGGGCCUCCAUGGGGGGCCACGCCUGGGGGCCGAUGGGGCCGGCAGCACCGAGAGCCUGGGGGGCCCCCCAGAGACGGAGCUCCCCAAGGGCAGGGAGGCAGAUGGGACAGCGGUGCCUAGGACCUCGGAGCAGCAGGGGACUUUAGUGAGAGGUCAUUUAUCCCAGUCAGCAGACGAGGAAGCUGAGGCCCAGGGAGGGGACGUGCCUUGCCCAAGGUCACACAGGUCCCUUUCACCGGCGCCCAUGCGCAGAGCCCAGAGCUCCCUCUGCCUGCGGGACGAGACCCUGGCAGGGGGGCAGCGGCGGAAACUCAGCUCACGGUUCCCCGUGGGGCGAAGCUCUGAAUCAUUCAGCCCCGGGGACACUCCCAGGCAGCGUUUCCGACAGCGACAGCGCAGGCCAGGCCCCCUGGGGGCACCCAGCGCCCAUGGCAAAGGACCUGGCGUGGGAUGGGAUGGCUCCAUUGAGACCCUGUCAGAACACGAAGCAGAUGUCAACCGAGAGGGCCUCAAGGUGCCGGAACCGGAGAAACGCCCUCUCACACCCUCCCUCAGCCAGUGACACCGCAGGGACUGGGGGCCUGAGAGUGCAGCCUUCUUACCGCUGGAGUCCCCGUGGGGGCCCCAGGCAGCCCCAGAAUUCAGGGAUCCGGGCUACCUGGAGCCAGCCUGGCUCCUCCGAGGCCCGCAUCGGUGCCCCGAGAUGGGGCUGGGAUAAGCCUGUGGACAGAGGGGACGGCUGGUCCCCACGAGCAGCUCCUUCCCGGGGCCUUGGCUCUGCCACGCGGCCCUCGCUGAGGAGGCCAUCGCCGGGUGACCUCCCAGAUGAAGGAGACAGGCAGGAGUGGCCGAGAGAGCCCCCUGCCAGGUCCAGGCGGGGAGCCAAGGACCAUUCGCCGAGGACGGUGGCCUGGGCCGAUCUCUGAGCUGUAGCUGGGCCACGGACAUGACAAUAAAGCUGGGAUACGACCACCUGA